UUUUUGUAGAACAGCUUCUAAACAAGUUGGAGUCUCAGUCAACUUGCAGGAAAACGCAGCCGGAGUUGUUAAUCGGCCGUGAGAAUUCCAGUUGUUUAAUACAAUAAUUCGAAGAUGAAGAAAAAUAAGAGCAAGAAUUCAAAAUCAGGGGGUUUUGAAUCCCUAGGUCUGAAUCCCAACGUGUUCAGAGGAAUCAGGCGUAAAGGUUACAAAGUCCCCACUCCAAUUCAGAGGAAGACAAUGCCCCUCAUCCUCUCUGGUAUCGAUGUCGUUGCUAUGGCUCGUACCGGUUCCGGUAAAACGGCUGCGUUUCUUGUUCCCAUGCUUCACCGCCUUAAUCAACAUCUUCCUCAGGGUGGUGUUAGAGCCCUCAUUUUAUCUCCAACUAGGGAUUUGGCUCUUCAAACUCUCAAGUUCACCCAAGAGCUUGGUCACUUCACAGACCUUCGUAUUAGUUUGUUAGUUGGAGGUGAUAGUAUGGAAAGCCAGUUUGAGGAGUUGGCUCAGAGUCCAGACAUUAUUAUUGCCACUCCUGGUAGGCUCAUGCACCAUCUGUCUGAGGUCGAUGACAUGUCCUUGCGUAAGGUCGAGUAUGUUGUUUUUGAUGAGGCAGAUUGUUUGUUUGGUAUGGGUUUUGCUGAGCAGUUACAUCAAAUUCUUGCUCAGCUCGGUGACAACCGUCAGACCUUGCUUUUCAGUGCCACAUUACCCAGUGCUCUUGCCGAAUUUGCCAAGGCCGGUCUGCGAGACCCCCGCCUUGUUCGCCUUGAUUUGGAAACUAAAAUUAGUCCUGACUUGAAGCUUGCCUUUUUCACUUUGAGGCAGGAAGAGAAGUAUGCUGCUUUGCUCUAUUUAAUCAGAGAGAUUAUUGGUUCUGAUGAGCAGACUUUAAUUUUUGUAUCCACUAAACAUCAUGUCGAGUUUCUCAACUCGUUGUUUCGACAAGAGGGCAUUGAACCUUCAGUAUGUUAUGGUGCCAUGGAUCAAGAUGCUCGCAAAAUCAAUGUAUCAAGGUUUAGGUCAAGAAAGACAAUGUUGUUGAUUGUCACUGACAUUGCUGCUCGUGGCAUUGACAUUCCAUUACUUGAUAAUGUUAUCAAUUGGGACUUUCCUUCCAAGCCUAAAAUAUUUGUUCAUCGAGUUGGAAGGGUUGCAAGAGCUGGUCGUACUGGUACUGCUUAUUCUUUCUUGACUUCGGAGGAUAUGGCUUACCUCUUAGACCUUCAUUUGUUUCUCUCAAAACCAGUCAGAGCUGCUCCCACUGAAGAAGAGGUCUUGCAGGAUAUGGAUGGGGUAAGGUCAAGAAUUGACCAAGCAAUGGCAAAAGGAGAAACGAUUUAUGGCCGUUUCCCUCAAAAACUCAUUGACCUUGUUUCUGACAGAGUUAGGGAAGUUAUUGAUACUUCUGCGGAGCUGGAAGCGUUGCAGAGAGCCUGUAACAAUGCAUUCCGUUUAUAUUCAAAAACAAAACCCUUACCCGCAAAGGAGUCCAUUAGAAGAGUAAAGGAUUUGCCCCGUGAAGGUCUGCAUCCGAUUUUCAACAAUGUGUUGGGAACGGGGGAGUUAACUGCACUUGCAUUUUCGGAGCAUUUGAAAAAGUUUAGGCCAAAGCAAACCAUUUUGGAAGCGGAAGGAGAAGCAGCUAAAUCCAAGCGUAUGGCGGGGGCUUCUGGUCAAUGGGCUGAUGUGAUGAAAAGGAAAAGAGCUAUUCAUGAGAAUAUUAUAAACUUGGUUCAUGAACACAAUUCUAAAAGUACUAUGGAAAAGGAGGACGAUGAAUCGCAAUUUACUUUUUCUGCGGAGAAAGGGAGAAAAGCACGUGGUUCUAAGAGAAAGCCACAAAGUUUCAUGGAUGAAGAUAACUAUAUAAGUUCCAUACCUAAAAAUCAGCACAUGGAGGCAGGCCUCUCUGUAAAAGGCAAUGAAGGCUUUUCUUCAAAUAGAUUGGAAGAAGCUGUCUUAGAUCUAGUUGCAGAUGAUGGUGCUGGCAUUAAGAAACAAAGAUCUGUAUUUCACUGGGAUAAGAGGAGUAAAAAGUACAUCAAGUUAAACAAUGGUGACCGUGUUGCUGCAAAUGGAAAGAUAAAGACAGAGAGUGGUGCAAAAACAAAGGCCAACAAGACUGGCAUAUAUAAAAAGUGGAAGGAUCGCUCACACUCCAAGAUAUCUCUUAAAGGGACAAGUACCGAUGGUGAUGCUCAGGAAUCAACAAGUUUCAAAGGAUCCUACCGAGGAGGUGCCAGGAAUUUUAGAGGCGGCAAGAAACAGCAUUCAAUGCCCAAUGCUCAUGUGCGUUCUGAAAUCAAAGAUAUGGAUCAAAUUCGGAAGGAGAGGCAGAAGAAAGCGAGCAAAAUUUCUUAUAUGAAGAGCAAAUCGCCAAAGGGUAAAAAACCUGGCAGAAAAGGAAAUAAAAGAAAAUCUAAGUAGAUGUUUUUGGGCUUUAGAAAUUAUUUAGUCAAGGGAAGGAAAAAAUGAUUUCUGUCAAAUUCUGGUACAACUGUAACUUCAAAAGAAUGAGGGGCAAAGUAAGUACAUGCUUGUUUAUGAGGCAAUCCACUGCAUCAGUGCGCUUUCAUGGCGAGGGGACAUUGGAAUGCGAAAAAUACGGCAUCACUGCCUAACCAAACACUGGAUAAGUAAAGUGAUAGGAAAACGUGAAUUAUUAUGAUUAAUAUUUGUCUUGAUUGACCUACUAAUUUUGUUUGUUGAAACUUCUAAGUAAAAUAACACUACUUGUUGAGUUGUUGUACACAUGGAUUGCCCCGGUGCAGGACUUCAUCCCCUAGUGAAUUUUCGCCUUUACAUUUUCUUUUCUAAAUUUUGCUUUA